CUGCAUGAGUGUGUUUUUUUUUUGUGUGUGUCAUGAUGAAAGCUAUGAUAUGACGAUGCUGAUGCUGAUGAUAAAGCACGGAAAGUGAUGUCCCACUGGAAAAACGUCCUGCUCCGGCUACCUCCUCCUCCGACUCUUCUCCCUCCGGCCGUUGGAAGGGAGGAGGAGGACGACUGCACUGGGGGCUCAAAGCGAAAUAGCAUCGCCACCAGCUUCCAUCUUUCUCCCUCCUCCAUCCAUCUCCCUCUCUUCCUUCCUCCUGACGGAAGCCGGUUCCGCCGUCCUGCUCUUGCUCACCUCGACAGCUCGGCAACCCCGCGGAAACCGAGAGGAAACCAGCCGUCAUCUUCUUGGUUGCUCGGUGGUGCUCUGUCGUUUGUUUCGCUCCUGCAGCAACAGCAGCAGCAGCUGGUGCUGUUCUUGCUUCGGCUUCAGAGAGACAACCAGCGCCCAGCGGAUUGGCUUGCCUCCGUUCGUUCUCGGUGCUCGGUGAAGAGAGGGUUGGAGAUUGAGAUCGGAAGGCACAAGGAUUGUUGUUUUGUUUGCCAUGGGGAACUGCUUGGGGGGCAGCCCCGCCUACGUCAACAAGGUCUCCUCCACUGCAAAGCCAGAGGAGACUCUUCCUAAGGUCCAGAGCCCGUCGGAAGUGGACCGGAGCGACGACCGCAAGCUGCCCUCGAACCCCGGCGAGGUGGAGGCCCUGCGGCGGGGCGCGUCGGCGGCGGCGCGGAACCCGCUGGUGGCCUUCUCCUUCUCCGAGCUCAGGAAGGUGGCCAACGACUUCCGCAAGGAGGCGCUCAUCGGCGGCGGCGGGUUCGGCCGUGUCUACAAGGGUUCCUUCGCGCCGCCAGCCGCCACCACCACCACCACCACCCUGCCGGUGGCCAUCAAGGUGCACGACGGCGACAACAGCUUCCAGGGCCACCGCGAGUGGCUGGCGGAGGUGAUCUUCCUGGGCCAGCUGUCGCACCCGAACCUGGUGAAGCUGGUGGGCUACUGCUGCGAGGGCGACCACCGCGUGCUGGUGUACGAGUACAUGGCGCUGGGCAGCGUGGAGUCGCACCUCUUCUCCCGAACGUCGCCGCCGCUCCCCUGGUCGACGCGGAUGAAGAUCGCGCUGGGCGCCGCCCGGGGCCUCGCGUUCCUCCACGACGCCGAGCCACGCCCCGUGAUCUACCGCGACUUCAAGACCUCCAACAUCCUGCUCGACGCCGACUUCAACGCCAAGCUCUCCGACUUCGGCCUCGCCAAGGACGGGCCCGUCGGGGAGCAGUCGCACGUGUCCACGCGCGUCAUGGGCACCUACGGCUACGCCGCGCCGGAGUACAUGAUGACGGGACACCUCACGGCGUCCAGCGACGUGUACAGCUACGGCGUCGUCCUGCUCGAGCUGCUCACGGGCCGGCGGUCGCUGGACCGGUCGCGCCCGCCGAGGGAGCAGGCGCUCACCGACUGGGCGCUCCCGGCGCUGCCGCACAAGAAGCGCGUGCAGGGCAUCGUGGACCCAAGGCUGGCGGGCGGCGCCGGCGGGUGGGACGACCCGCCGCCCGCAAGGGCCGUGCAGAAGACGGCCAUGCUCGCGUACCACUGCCUCAACCGCAACCCCAAGGCGCGGCCGCUCAUGCGCGACGUCGUCGCGUCGCUGGAGCCGCUACAGCAGCCACCCGAGGACCCUGCAGACGCGCACGCCGCCGUGUGAGUGUUCUGUCCAGAGGCUUUGUCGAUCGGAGAGCCAAUGCGAGGUGGUGCUGGCCGGAUGCAGCAGGAACGCCGCCGGCCGGUCGGGGCUGUCCUUGUCCUGUCCGGCUGUCCGUGGAACGAACGAAGCAGGGCAACGCCAUCAUCGAUGAUGUGACUGAUAGAUUGGUCGGUAGUACAGUAGCUUAUUAGCAGCUAGGCAGCGCUUGAUGGGCAGAGACGACGAUACAUGCAUCAUUGCUUCUUCAUUGUUUCCAGUUAGUUAUCGACGCGACCGGUUCCGGUUGCGGCCGGUUGUGCUCAACAACAACUAGCUAAGCUAGCGCUGCUGGUACACCAACACCAAGACCAUUGUAUGCACGCAAAUCUGGAGCUUUUCGUCCAUUACAUUUCUCGAGCUUGACCCUCUAGCUUA